AUGGCGAAAAAUUUACACGAAAUAAACAGUAUUUGCCGGUUAUGUUUAUGUGAAGACGAAGAACAGUUGAUUCCUGCAUUAAACAUCAUCGAUCCUACACUCACUGAAGAUGAUAUCGAACGAUUCACGGGUAUUAGGAUUCUCGGAGAAGAGGAAUACAUAUGCUUUUCGAUUUGUUCAGAAUGCAGCAACAAGCUAGUUAAAUUUUCUUUAUUUCGUACCACCUGUCUGAACAAUGACGUCCAUUUUAAACAACUCUUUGAAGACUUUCGUAAAAGUACCGGAAAUGAUGCUGACGAGAAAGAUAAUGUUUCAGUUUUAGAUAUGAAUCAUUCAAUCGAUGAAGAAUGUAUCGAAAUCGAAGAAGAAACAUCCAUCAAACAACAAUUUUUGCACGAAGAACAUUUAGAUGAAAAUUAUAGAAAUUGCGACAGCAUUCUCGAAGAAACUCCCAUUUCAAGCAAGGGUUCGGGCUACCAUAAACGCUGUAGCACAUGCGGCAAAGUGGUAUCUGAUAUUAGGAGUCAUAUACUGACGCAUACUCAGGAGAAAAAGUUCACCUGUCCACAUUGUCCAGUUAAAAUGACUCUGAAGUCCAACCUAAACAUACAUAUUAGAUCUGUACAUUUAAAACAGAUUUCAAAAACAUGUAAACUGUGUAAGCAAGACUUCGUUAACUACAAUUCGUACAAAAGCCAUAUGGCCUCUCAGCAUGGAUCCGGCGAGUAUGAGUGUAAAAUAUGCUCGAAAAACUUUACGCAUAUUAGAACGUAUAAAAUUCACGUGAACCGAUAUCACGGUUUUAAAAAAGACGAAAUUGGAAGUAAACAGAAAAAGAAGCAGCUCUGCGGAAUCUGUGGGGUGAUGGUCUCGCAAUUAACUAGCCAUAUAUAUACGCACACCCAAGAGAAAAAUUUUGCUUGCCCUCACUGUUCCAUAAAGAUGGCAGACCGAGCUAAUUUGGGGCGACAUAUACGGUCAGUGCAUUUGAAGAAUGAUAUAAAAACAUGUGAUAUUUGCGACAAAGGAUUUAAAUACGUCAGCUCUUACAAAUCCCAUAUGCUUUCUCAACAUGGCAUUGGAAAAACGUUUGAUUGUAGCACGUGCAAUAAAAAAUUCAAUCAUCUUCAUGGCCUUAAAACACACAUCGCUCGAAUGCACAGUAGUGAAUUGAAAUUCGAGUGUAGUACAUGCGGUAUGAUGUUCAAAAUCAAAUCCUCGCUAACCAGACAUCAGAUGGUUCACACGAAAGAUCAACCGUAUGUCUGCAAUCAGUGCCCGAAGCGUUUCAAAACUAGGCAUGGAAGAAAUUCGCAUCAGUUAACUCACAGUGGCAUCGUAUUUCCUUGUCCACAAUGUGACAAAUCGUACCGCUACAAAGAUGUUCUGAGUACGCACAUACGCCAGAAUCACUCACAUGUAAAAUCCGAAAUUUCCACCGAUUCCAGCUGAAAGCUAUUCAUCGAUUUGACGAAGGUAAGCUCGACAGCAUUAAGUAAUGGUAAUAAA